AUGUCCGAUCUCGGCCCCCCUUUCCACCACAUCCCCGGCCUCCCAAACUUCCGGGACCUCGGAGGUCAUCCGAUCCCCAUCGCCUCCCGACCGGGCUACACCAUCAGGCCCGGCGUUGUCUUCCGCUCCGCUGAUCCAUCGGGCGUCACCGAUGAGGGUGUCUCGCAUCUUCAGGACCUCAAGAUCUCACACGUCUAUGACCUACGCUCCAGGCCUGAGAUUGAGCGCUACUCCUCGGCAAUUCGGGAGUGGCCCGGCGCUGAGCGCGUCUUCGUCCCCGUCUUCAUGGACGAGGACUACAGCCCGGAGGCCAUCGCGAUACGCUAUCAGAACUACACCGCCGAGGGACACGAGGGAUUCACUGAAGCUUAUCGGUCCAUCUGGGAGUCGGGCAUCGGACCUAUCAAGACGAUCCUCUCUCACCUAGCCAAGCCGGACCCCUCUCCGUUACUCGUCCACUGCACGGCGGGUAAAGACAGAACAGGCGUCGUGUGCGCGUUUGUCUUAUCCAUCUGCGGCGUCGAUGACGAGACCAUCGCCCGCGAGUAUAGUCUCACAGAGGCCGGGCUGGGCGACUUUAGGGAACAGCUCCUCAACGCUGUGAUGAAGAGCCCUGAGCUUCAAGGCAACCCGGAAGGUGCAAAGCGGAUGCUCGGUGCGAAGCCAGAGAACAUGCUUGGAGCACUGAAGGCCAUGCGCGAACAGCAUGGCUCCGUAGAACAAUAUGUCAUUGAGAAAUGUGGCCUCUCGCAGGAGGAGGUUGAGCAGAUUAGGAAGAACUUGAUCGUGCCGAGCACGAGUACGUGA